AUGGGUCAUAAGAUAGAUCCAUGCGGAGCUCCUGCAGUUGACAGAUCUGCAAACAUUCGUAGAAAGUUUGAUGGUGAAUGGACAGAAGCUGACAAUUGUACAGUGUGUAAAUGUGAAUCUCACAAUAAUACUCUAUGUGACGAAUCGAAAUGCGGUAACAAAUGCGGUGAAUUUUCCCAAUAUUCGCCAUGUCCGUUGAAUUCAUGUGGCAAACGGAUUCAGAUGAGAAAAUGCAGCAAUUCCAAAAACGACAUGGUAUCACAACGUAACUCUGAACUGAACAUGGCGAAUUGUUCUCCCCCGUCUCCUGCCCAAUGCCCACAGCCAGGUGUCGCUAUUACAAAUGCAGGUUCAAUAAUUAUUGGGGGAAUAGAAGUAUCUCCAAAGUUCAACUAUAGAUGGAUGGUUUAUUUUGCAAAAAACAAUGAGACAAAGUGCGGUGGUUCGAUUCUCAGUCCAAUACAUAUAUUAUCAGCGGCUCAUUGUUUCGGUUUUAGUGAAAGAUCAAAAUUUGAUUUAGCAGAUGUUGAAGUUAAAACGGGAAAACAUGACACCACCAAGUAUGAAGGUCCCCUUGAACAAAGACGAACGAUUAAAAAUGUAAAAAUUCAUGAACAUUUUGAUAUGUUUUCUUCAAUGGAUAAUGACAUUGCCAUAGUUACACUUGCUUCACCGCUUCAAUUUAAUUAUCAUACACAUCCAAUUAUUCUCCCGAAGAACACACUUGAAAAAGCUAUAAAAAAGACGACACGUAAAGGGAUAUGCAAAAUUAUAGGAUGGGGAAAUACGAUCGGUACAAGGACGCCAUCCUAUUCAGAUGUUUUAUUAGAGGUUGCAAUUAAUCUUGAACGAACAUGUUCUUCUGGCUUGGGUGGAGUGGUCACAGAUAACAUGUUCUGUGCCAGUGCUAUAAACCCAAAUAAGACAAUUGGGGCCAACAGACUGGAUUCGUGUUUUGGAGAUUCUGGGGGGCCUUUAAUGUGCCGCGAGGGGGUAAAGUGGUAUCAAUAUGGUAUUGUAAGUUGGGGUCCUGUAAAUUCAUGUGGGAAUGCAUCGGGUGUCUAUACCAAGGUCCCUAAAUAUGUAGACUGGAUUACGGGCGUAAUUUCAACACCUGGGGGCUGGGGAAAUUUCAGUGAAUAUUCUCCAUGUUCGGUAUCAUGCGGGGGUGGGAUCAAGUCCCGAGUGAGAGCAUGUACAAACCCUGUGCCCAUCGCCAAUGGAACAUGUUCUGGCUACAACUUCAAGACUACUGAUGGUGAAAUGGUCCACAUAGAAGAUGAGGAAUGCAACACGAAUCCUUGUGCCUAAUCGCCCAAUGAGACAUAAUAUAGGCCUAUUCAUCAAUAUGAACACAGGGGCGAUGAUUGAAUAUA